AUGGACAGUACCCAGCCUCCGUCUGCCCCUGCCGGCAGGACUCCUCGCGACCGUGGAAGGGCCCACGUCAUGAAAGCCUGGCUCGCCUUCGGAUACGAGAACGGCUUUGCGACCCGCUUUCAGAUCACCUGCUCUCAGGACUCCGUUGAUCUCGACGACUAUCAGGUUUGUGCGACCUCGCAAGUCUCAAGAAUGGAGAAGCCCUUUUGA